AUGGUUGACUCCGAAGUUCGAUCCUCAAGUGUCCCGAUGUCCAAUCCUGUGCCAGAAAUUGUCCUAGAUGACGAUGAAGAAGAAAUGGACACCUCGGAAAUCAGAAAUGGAACGGCGUCUCCUCAGGUUGGAGCCAACCAAUCAAAUGGGACUCCCUUACCUAAAGAAAAUGGUACUUGUAAUGGUUCCGACAACGGAAAAUCCGCGAAUGGAUCAAAAUCUGUAGAUUGUAUCGAACUUGAUGAUGAUGAAGAUGAGACACCCGCGAAGAAGGCGAAGACGGAAGAGGAUAAUAAAGUAAGUCCUGGUUUCAUUCUUAUUAUCUGUUGCUUUAGGAUGUAAAGAAAGAACCCGAAUUAACUAGUUACACGGCGUUAUUGGACAAACUAGAAGUAUACAUAAAGGAGGCCUUCGAGAAGAAUGAUAAUGUAGAUCGAAAACUUCUGGACGCUUUAUUAGCCGCUAUUAACAUUCAAGUACAGAAAGAGCCUUAUUCGGUCCGAAAACUGAUCUUGGAUAAGCAAUUGGUACUGCCUAACACGAUCUCUUUCCCUCCAUCUCAGGUAUGGGUUUUUUAGAUUCAAAUCCAAUAAAACAGAAUCUAAUUUUUUUAGAUUCAAAUCCAAUAAACUGUUUGUGAUAUUGUACUUUAGGUGGUCGAUAUGAUUAUUGAACACGAUGCCGAAGCUCAACUCUCUCGAGUUAUUGCCAAAUUGUUUGGUGAUGAGAAGAUUAAGUUCACAGAAACGGAAAAACGUGAACGACAGAAUCUUAAGGCGAAUUAUGCAGCCCCCUCGAUGACCAAAAUGUUGCUAGAUAUUGGCCAGGAUCUGGUACAAGAGUCCACUUACUCAGAUAUUGUGCACGCAAGGAAUCUACCGGAAGUUCCAAAGAAUGUCGAUACAUAUAAACAAGUAAGAAAAGUUUUAUUGAAAUGUUUGUUUUUUAUGUGAAGACACUAAAAAUUUGAUUUCAGGUAGCGGCACAGCUGAAACCUGUAUGGGAAAGUCUCCGAGAUAAAAAUCAAGCCUUUAAACUUCAUUUAUAUUCUUGUUCCGUGUGCGAUUUCAAGACGGAUUCUCUGAUUGUUAUGUCUGUUCACAAACAGACCUUACAUCUGAAGGACAACAAGAGGAUUUACUGUGGAAUGUGUCCAGAGUACAACACAAAUGGAAAUAGAAUGGAAAGACAUAUGGUGGAGGUGCAUGCAUUGAAACCACUGAUGCCAGAAGAACCCCCAUCCAAGAUCCAAUGCCCAAUCUGCGAAGAAAACUUCCAAUUCAAGGGACAAAGAGAUGGCCAUCUGAAGACUUGCAAGAGAGAUUACGCCAAGGUCAACAAGACCCAGGCCUCUCACCCUAUCGACAGUUUGUCCACGAUCAACAGAUGGCUGUGGCCUAAACCACAGUCGGAUCCCACAAUUGCUGCUCAACAACAUGACAUUCAGAAACAACAAAUGGUAAGAAAAAAAUAUUAAAAAAUUUUUUUUUUCCGUUUAGAUCAAACAACAACAGCAACAACAACGUUUUGCGGCUGCCGCGGCGGUUCGUCAAGCUCAAGCAGCAGCGGCGGCGGCUAGCCCAGCUACUUUGAAGGCUACGCAACAGUUGUUAGCUACUCAACAAUUGGCCUCGCAGAUCAAAGGCUUAGGAGUUCAUCAACAACAACAACUUAAUCAGAUCCUGAGAGACAACAAAGCUAGUCUUCCGCCAGCUGUUCUUCAAGCAGUUCAAGCUCAACUUCAAAAGAUUCAAGCUCAACAAACUGUCGGCGGUAUUCCUGGCUUCCCAAAUUUGAAUGCCCAACAAAUUCAGCAACUGCAGCGAUCUCUGUCCCAGCAAAGGCGUGGGAACUCGAAUUCGACGAUGGCAUCGGCUUCUAAAGCCACAACAGCUAAGAAGUCGACGCCCCUUUCAAUCCCUUCGGGUGCCAGAGCAGGGACAACUUCGAAGGCCGAAGAACACAGUUGCGAGAUUUGCGAUGACAAAUUCAGGGCCCGGGCUGAUUACCUUUCCCAUUUAAAAACGGCUCACAACACUUUCAAGAACAGGAACACUGUCGAUCUUGAUUCCGGACCUCCAUUGGCAUGUUCAAGAUGUCGAGACAGGUUCUGGUCGUACGAUGGAUUAGAGAGGCAUCUUGUUAUGAAUCACAACCUGGUUACGUCGGAUUUGUUGGUUAAAGCCCAGAACAAAUUGGAUAGUGGAAGAUGCAAGCAUUGCCUCAAGGUGAGUAAUGACACAAAGUGUUAAUAUAUUCGAUUUAAACGUUGAUGGUUUCGUUUUCAGACCUUCGCCUUCAACAUUCUUCAACAUUUGGCUGCGGAUCACAACGCCAAGCUAUGCUCAGCCGAAAUCAUGUUCUCAUGCGACGUGUGUCCGUUCCGUUGCAGCAGUUAUCAAAGCUUGGAGGUCCAUCUGAACCAAGAACAUCCCAAAAAUGGAAAAGCCCGGUAG